AAUUGUGGCCACCCGUCGACACAAGAUAAUUAAGACUCCAAAUAUGCCAAGAUUUAAGAUGCCUGUAUUUAGGAAAAUGUCGGAAAAAGGGGUUGCUCGGCUUUUAUUUCCAGGCGGGAGAGUUGAUGGCAUUCUUUGUGAUAUAACCGGGGUGCUUAGGGAGAGCUCUACAAGUGGAGAUGGAAUUCCAAUUCAGGGUUCAUUAGAGGCUCUAGAAUUGUUGAGUAAAUCUGGAAUUCAGAUUCGUUUCGUGACAAAUGAAUCUAAGGGUACCGUUAGGAAUAACUAUUGUAGACCGUUUCUUCUGGUGCAUGACAAUGUUCUCCAAGAUUUCGAAGGUUUAAAUUCAGAUGACCCUACAUGUGUUGUUAUUGGAGAUGCUGUGGAUAAAUUUAGCUAUGAAAACCUAAACAAAGCUUUUAGGUUGUUGAAAGAAAAAGAAUGUGAUUUGAUUUCUCUGGGUAAAGGAAAAUACUAUAGAGAAGAUGGCGAGUUAACCCUAGAUGUAGGACCGUAUACAGCUGCACUAGAGUUUGCUGCAGAUAGAGAUGCUAUUGUGUGUGGUAAACCAGAUAAAACUUUCUUCCAGGCCGCGUUAAAUUCUCUGGGGCUCCCAGCUGAACGCGUUAUAAUGAUAGGAGAUGAUAUUGUAUCCGAUGUAGGAGGGGCGCAGAAAUCUGGAAUCCGUGGUGUACUGGUCCGAUCUGGUAAAUAUACCCAGAAGGAUGAAAACCAUCCUGUCGUCAAACCUGAUUUAAUCGUGGAUAAUCUCAAGGCUCUAGUAGAUCUAAUUGUCCAGCAAUGAUGGCAAAAUCUAAACAUAUUAAAAAUAAGAUUUUA